AUGCAGUUCACCAGCAUCUUCGCCAUUGUCUCUGCCCUCGCCAGCUUUGCAGCAGCCGACAACCCCUGCUGUAACUACACCAACGGUGGCGAUUGCAUCACAAACUGCGGAAAGCGUUCUCUGUCGUCGUCAACACUCGCCCGCCAUAUUCUUAACGUCGCCGAGGAGGUUCGAAGCAUCACUUCCGCAGAUGCCGACGAAAUUGCCGCCGCCAUCAUGAAAGGACAUGACCUCCCAGUCCAGAAGGAGUAG